AGGACUUGAGAGCUUGGCUACACACCCACAUCAGGUAUACACACAUGCACAUACGGCCAGGGAAAGGUUGACACCAUCAGGUUUAGUCACUGAAUGUAGUGAUGUGGUGGUGUGUGCCUGGAGACAGUCGUGCUGUGGGAUCUCCAACAUCUUACUAUUCAAGCAACCUGUGAACGCAUGUCACAUGUCCAGAAAGACUUCAGAAGAUAUGAGACAGCCAAACUGAACACCAGUUAAUGUUCGUCCAAGACAGCAGCGGAAACCAAAAAAAAAAGAAUUUUUUUACUUGACUGCAUCAGUGGAAAAAAGGAAAAAGGCAAAAAGGAAAAGAAAAAAUCCCUCCUGGUGCUUCUCCAGACAGUCACUGUAUCUGCACAGGAGGUCAUGGCUAGUCCAGUGCGGGUCCACCCAGAUACUGUCUUGCUCCAGCCAGCUCGCUCUGCCUCCAGUUUGCCCGAGAACUCUUUGGCUGUUCUGAAAACAGAAGAUGGGACAGUGGAGACUCUGGAGCUGGUGGACAAUAAACCACGGCUGGACAGUACUGAUCGUGCCCUUCCAGGACUCUACCUGUCCUGUUUCGACAUGCUGUUCACUGAGGAUGCCACAUGGUUGGUGAGAGUGGCAGACUCUGCAUCAGUUGCUAGUGGACCUAAUCCAGAACCAUGUCCAGAGCCAGAACAGUGCCCUGUAAUUGAUAGUCCUGGGCUAGGGACUGAGCCACUGUCCCCUGGCCUUGAAGAGCAGGUGGAGGAGAGAUCUCUGGAACAAGUGCAGAGCCUUGUGGUUGGAGAAGUGCUAAAGGAUAUUGAGACAGCCUGCAAGCUACUGAACAUCACACCAGAUCCAGUGGAGUGGAAUUGUGGAAAUGUUCAGAAGUGGCUGUUGUGGACAGAGCACCUGUAUCGACUCCCUCAGGUGGGCAAAGCGUUUCAGGAUCUGGAUGGAAAAGACUUGUGUGCCAUGACUGAGGAAGACUUUCAGCAGCGUUGUCCACAGUGUGGUGACACACUCCACGCACAUCUAGAUAUAUGGAAAUCAGCUGCCUGGAUGAAAGAGAGAUGUUCAUUAGGAGAGUGCAGGAUCACAGAGAGAGAGGAAUUGUGGUCAGAAGCAGAUUCAUCUUGCUCCGGUCAGCCCAUCCAUUUGUGGCAGUUCCUCAGAGAGCUUUUACUUAAACCACACAGUUACGGACGCUGCAUCCGCUGGCUCAAUAAAGAGAAAGGUAUUUUCAAAAUUGAAGAUUCUGCUCAUGUAGCACGACUCUGGGGUCUGAGGAAGAACCGGCCAGCAAUGAAUUACGACAAACUUAGCCGCUCUAUCAGGCAGUACUACAAGAAGGGAAUCAUCCGCAAACCAGAUGUGUCUCAGAGACUGGUCUAUCAGUUUGUCCACCCAGUAUGAGUCCAACAACAGACCAACAAAGCCAAGAUGACAGAUUGUUUGCUAUGCACUGACAAACUGCCUAAGAACUAGAGUCUAUAUGCUCUAGUUCUUUUCUGUGUUUAAUUAAUGUUGUGGUCUGGAUUUUUUAUUCCAAUCAUUGUGGCCACUUUUACAUGAAGACAUUUCACGAUCUGGUUGUAAUCUUAAUAAAACAUUUUACAUCAGACAUUUUAUGACUAUAUAGGUCACAUAAAAUGCUUGGCUAUUCGCAAUGUCUGCCUGUCUCCAUCUUUCAGUUAGCUUAUUAGAGCAAACUGACUCAAAGUAAUUGAGCAAUAACCUAGGAUCAGUUAUGGCCUUCAUACAGGUUUUAGGCACUUACUAAAUGUGGAAACAGGUUUGAAACAUAAAAUUUGCUUUUAUUUCUUUUUAUUUUAAAUUCUUCCUUUAGUUGAAUACUGACAUUCAUCAAACACGAGUUCUUCUCUGACAGCGUUCAUAGUGCUAUGUCAAUGCUCGCAAUUUUUGUUUGAGCAAACCUCCACUCCCUGUGCGAAUAAGUGGCCAACUCAGGCACAUGUUUGGGUUUGGUCCUGGCCUCCACCCAACUCAGCUUUUUUUUUUUAGCCCUAAUCACACAGCAAACUUAUUAACCCUCCCUUGAGGCAUCAACAGUAAAGAAAGUCUUCACCUCACUGAGCUCCCACAAAUGGUCAUCCUCCAUUACAAGCUCAUCUUGUGCUUUCUCUGAUCAGCAGCAAAAGGCAAACUUGCUGGUUAAUGACUAUUAUUAAUAGUGAUAUAUAUUCUCAAAAAAGAUCUCUCUUUUCAAGUUAAGGUAUGUGGUCAGAUAUUAAUGAACUGUAAUGAAUUACUGGCCUUACGUGUAAAUGCAUGUGGCGGUUGUGCUUUUCCUUUUUCUCUGGAUUUCUUUUUUGCAAUGUCUGCCAUUGUUAAUAAUAAAAAGAUUUGUUAAUACACUGACAUAAACACUUUCUGUUACCUAAUGUCUCCAUCAUUUUUUUUAUUUAAGUCCUUCCACAUUCCACAUUUACUAUAUUCAAAAUAAA